UGCUGUUUCUUUUCUGCCACAGCAGCUCUGGGUGAGAACCUAGAAGGGUGUUUGAGAAACGGAGGGUCUCUGGGAUUCACCUGAUCACAGAAAAGACUUUACACGAUGGGGAAGUCGGAGAGCCAGAUGGACAUAAUGGAGAAGACAGCUAAACCCAGACGGCACGGGUGCAGCCUCGUGGAGAUUGGUUUGUCCAUCAUGUUACUGCUCACGAGCUGUGCUUUGGCGGGAAUGAUCGUCCUGUACGCCUCCGCGCGCAAAGGGCUCCAGUAUCGCUUCAGGAACCACAGCAACAUCUGCAUGACCCCAGACUGUGUCACUGCAGCGGCGAGGCUGCUGCAGAACAUGGAUCCCAGAGUGGACCCGUGCCAGAACUUCUACCAGCACGCCUGCGGAGGCUGGCUGGAGAGGCAUGUGAUCCCAGAGAGCAGCUCCCUCCACAGCGUCUUUAACGUUCUGCGGGAUGAGCUGGAGAUUGUGCUCAAGGGAGUUCUGGAGACUGAGUGCACAUGUGACCGGGACGCGUUCAGGAAAGCCAAAGUGCUGUACCGGUCAUGUAUGAAUGAGAGUGUGAUCGAGCAGCGCACCUCACAGCCCCUGCUCAAGCUUAUUGACGCUAUGGGGGACUGGCCCGUGGCGUCAGAGGGCUGGAGCAGCACAGCAGAGGAGCCGCUGUGGUUGGAGGACACCCUGGCCACUCUGAACACGCGAUACAACAGGAAGGUGCUGCUGGACAUGUUCGUGUGGCCUGACGAUCGCGACUCCAGUCAUCAUGUCAUUCACAUUGACCAGCCAUCACUAGGAAUGCCCUCCAGAGAUUAUUACUUCAACAAUGGCAAUUACAAAAAGGUGCGUGAGGCCUACCUGCAGUUCAUGGUUUCCAUGGCAAUAAUAGCACGGGAGGACAGGAACUUGACCCAGGAGGAUGAGCGUGUGUGGGAGGAAAUGAUGCAAGUACUGGCGCUUGAGAGGGAUAUCGCCAAUGCGACGUCGACAGCCGAAGCGCGUAGUGACAUCACUGUCCUCUACAACAAGAUGACUUUGAGUGACCUGCAGGAGACCUUUGGCCUUGAUGGAUUUAACUGGACACACUACAUCCAGGAAAUCAUGGCGAGCGUUUCUGUGGUGGUGCAGGCAGACGAGCCCAUCGUGGUCUACUGCACGCCGUACCUGGAGCAGCUCGACAGGGUCCUGUCUCGAUAUAACCGCAGAACUGUGCAGAACUACCUGGUCUGGAUGCUCGUUAUGGACAGGGUCGGCACCCUGAGCCGCCGCUUCAAAGACGUGCGCGCCUACUACAGAAAGGUCUUGCACGGUACAACGGUGGAGGAGGCACGCUGGCGGGACUGCGUGCGAUAUGUGCAGAGCAGUAUGGAGAACGCAGUUGGGGCUCUGUAUGUGCGCGAGACCUUCGCCGGAGACAGCAAACGCAUGGGGAGUGUUGGUGAAUUGAUUAGAAAGAUUCGGGAAGCCUAUGUAGAAACACUAGAGGAGCUGAACUGGAUGGAUGACCAGUCCAACGCAAAGGCAAGAGAGAAGGCUUUGGCGAUCUCAGAGCAAAUCGGCUACCCAGAUUAUAUUUUGCAAGAGGAGAACCAGAAACUUGAUGAGGAGUAUAUUCACCUGAACUUCAGUGAGGAGAGUUACUUUGAGAACAGUCUGCAGAAUCUCCAGGCCACGGCUCAGAAAGGACACAAGAGAUUGCGAGAACCUGUAGACUCUGACCUGUGGAUCAUUGGUGCGGCAGUGGUCAAUGCAUUCUACUCUCACAACAGGAACCAGAUAGUGUUUCCUGCUGGAAUUCUGCAGCCUCCGUUCUUCAGUGAGAAACAGCUCCAAGCCCUGAACUUUGGUGGGAUUGGGAUGGUUAUUGGCCAUGAAAUCACACAUGGCUUCGAUGACCACGGGCGUAACUUUGAUAAGAAUGGCAACAUGCAGAACUGGUGGAGUAACUACUCCACACAGCACUUUGAGGAGCAGUCCAAGUGCAUGGUGCAGCAGUACAGCAGGUUCACAUGGAAGCUUUCAGGAGAUCAAAACGUCAGUGGGAUUACCACUUUAGGAGAGAACAUUGCCGAUAAUGGAGGACUUAGGCAAGCAUAUAAGGCGUACAUGAAGUGGUUGGAGAGGGAAGGUGAGGAGCCGGGGCUUCCUGGUCUGGACAUGGACCAUAAACAGCUCUUCUUUCUCAACUUCGCCCAGAUAUGGUGUGGUGCCUGCCGCCCUGAGUAUGCCAUCCAGUCCAUCAAGACAGACCCUCACAGUCCACUGGAGUACAGAGUCCUGGGGUCCCUGCAGAACUUUGAUGCCUUUUCAGAGGCAUUCCAGUGUGAGAGAGGCACCCCCAUGAACCCGGAGGAGAAGUGCAGAGUGUGGUAGUUUGUCUAGGCCUGUGGUAGUUUGUCUGGGCCUUGUGCCACAUGUCUGAUGUCCUUCUCUUAACCUUGGCACCAGAGGGGAAAGUCCUGAGUGCUGUGUUUUAAGGGACUUUGGGUGGGCUGCCUUAAUGUGAGAGUUUCUCAGAGACACAGACGUGUGUCGGCACACACGGGUACGCAGACGGGUUUUAUUGGUCCCUUCUUACCUCCGAGUGUGGUGUGCUGAAUGGUAGGGGUGUAUUAACCCUCAACCACUGUCUGUAUCUGUAUUUGUCUCUUGGAAAGUGAGUUGGUUACUUAUCAAUCCAAUAUAAUACCAAUUCUUGAAGCAAAUAUGACAUGAUGACACUGAAUAUGUUUCUUAAAUACUUUGACACGUGUUUGUUGUAAAGAUGAUGUAUAUAGAUAAUUGCUUAUUGCUGGCGUUACGUGUGCUGAGUGCUUCACAGAAAUGUUAUGCUUCUCCUGAGAUCCUACAACCAUCCAUCAGGCUUUGAAGCUCAUACACUUUUUGAUGAGAAUUGAAGGCCCUGAUUUGGCACAGGGCAGCCUUAAAACCGUGUAUGACGAAACAAGAAAAGAGACUUUUAGCUUUUUUGAAGCAUGUUGUGAUGAGGAAAAAGGUUUAUGACAGUGGAGGCACCUUUAUUUUGAGAUUAAUAUACAUUCUCAGAGUUGCAAACGUACUGUUAAAAAAAUCAGGGUUUAGUAAAAUGUAACCUGUAAAUAUAAGGUGUUACCUCCAUCUACUGUAAUGGUCACCUAAAGACUUCAAGACUGUUAAAUCACUCUCUUAACUUUGUAGAUUUUACAUACGUGCUGUACAAGGGGUAGUUAAAGAAAUGGCGUUCUUAUAUUUGUGGCAUUUGUUCAUGAUGAUGUAAUGUGUAACGGACAGGGAUCUCCCUCGGCGUGGACCGUGUGAGAACAGCGAAUGCUCUGUGGUCUUCUAGCCAUCCAGCAGUGCAGCUCUGUGCUGGUUUGGUGACGGGUGAAGGGUAAGCUGGUGUAAUGUUGCUUUGGGGGACGGUCUCUGGCCCCAUGAGCGAUCCAUCACUGAACAUGCGAUGUUUACUUGUAUGCAGACAAGGUAGAGUCCAGAGGUUUCUCUUUUGUAGCUGUUUGGACACUGCAGUCACUAAAGGACAGCUAAGGCUGUCCAUCAUACAACACGCACAUUCUUCAGGGAGAAGCGGCACUCUCUGAUACACCAAGUUAACUUUAACAAUGUUACGAAGGCAGUUUUGUUAAUCCAGGAAUGUUUUCCUACACUCACUAAAAGUUAUUGGAUAUUGUUCCCUAUUGAUAGCUGUUUUCCCACUAAUAACAUCCAUAAUUGAAAUGUUUUCACAGCUACAUCUAAGGCAGUAUAGUGAUAUAUUUACACCCAUAGUAUUUUGGUACAAAACAUUUCAAUCUUAGCAUGUAAGGCACUUGCAUUAUUUUCCCAGUUGCUAGAUUGACUGAAGCUGUUCCUUUAGAUGUUAAUUUUAGAUGUUAAUGUAAUAUGGAGGCAGCAGUCUAGUAGCCUGGUUGCCUUCAGGGUUUUGUGAAUGCACUAAAAGUAAGAGACAGACUUGAUAAUAUUAAUAAUUUAGUGUGUCGGAGCAUAUUAGGAGAAGGUUUAAAAAAAGCAUUGCCCAUGGACAUGUCUGAUUGCGGGAAGGAGGGUGGAGUGACGCCUCCUGAUCUGAGUUGAUCAGCUGUGUGACAGUGUGAUGGAGCGUGGCAUCUUGCCGCUCAGACGGACACUCUGGAGCGAGAAGGCCUUCUCAUUACAGAAGCAGCCCUGAGCGCGGACCAUCUCUUCAACCUCGAUUAAGCAGCACUGGAAUUCACUGGAAUAUCAAGCAAACUUUAGAGUGGCAGUGCAGGACUGGCAUGCGCUGAAAGCUUAGUCAGUAACCAUAAAAAAUCUGGUUGCCUUUGACAUUGAUUAUGACUGUUAUCACAGAGACUCUGGUUAAUGGAAAAAUCAAAUAUGCAUUUGACAGAUUUGCUAGCCAUUCUGUACAGGACCAUAAUGGCAUGUACUGUUUGUAGGAGAUUCCUUGUACAGGGAAAGCAAGCUAGUUUCCAAGUGUUUGGACAGACUGAACAGAAGAGCUUGGUGUUCUAUUAAAGCUACAACAACUGUAGAUUUACUUUUAAAAUGUUGCAUUUAAAAGUUGACUGGCAGAAUUUUGUGACCUACAUUCAUAGCCCAGAAUGCACAGCUGCAGAGUUGAGUUGUCUGAAGCAAACCCUGAACCUCAGAGUCUUUAGGUUGGUUGUGACUGUGAUUGGUAGGAGGUCCAGAAACACUGCUGAAGAAAUGUUUGCUAAAAACUGGCCUCCUUUCUCUGUGUAUGGGAUGAAUACUCCAGGGAAAUGUACUUGCACUUUUGUAUUGGGAAUUCAGAAAGAUGCUUGCUGAUGUGUAAUUCUUGUAACUUUGGUGAGGGAAACUUGUAUAUAUAAUCUAUAAAGUGGGUGGGUGUGGGGGUGUGUGUGUUUAUAUAUUAUAGCUUGAAGUAUUUGUCAUAUAGUACAGUUUUGGGCUAUGACACACUAUCUAUAUAAAUGUGUUAACUGGCAUCUCAAUGUCCAUUACAUUAAAAGAAAGUACAAACACUUUUUUCGCGAACUGUGAACUACAUACAUUUUCAGUGAAUGCACUCGGAUCAAAAUUAUACUUUAGGUUCUUACGAAGAUGAUAUGUAAGGCAAAUCAUCUAGAAACCAUUCAUGAGCGUUGCUGUGUCCUGGACUGCUAACAUAGUAUGGAUGGAGCUUGGAAAAGCCAUAUUGUACUUUGUGAACCUCUGUCAGUUUUUAAUGUUUCUAUACAUAGACACUCUGCAAAAGUUGUUUUAAAUAUUAAAGAUCACGUAUUUGCUUCUUGCUACUUGCUUAAGCCAAUUGUAUGUGUGCUGGUAUGUGACAUUUCUGUGAAUUCUGUGUAUUCUAAGAUGGAGCUGUUUCAUUGCAGAAAACUUGUUAAUAAUGAACUAAAUUACCCAGUAGCAUCGUGUGUUGGGUCAGUCAUGCGUACUUGUUAAGUGUAUUAAGAGCCAUUUUGAAAUGCUAAGUAUUUAAUAAAG